AAAUCUUUUAAAACGUGUAUUAAUUUUUUUGUGGCUAACCUUCCCUUUGACAAAAAUAGCGGAAACAGUCUUAUGAACAUUCCAUAAUAUCCAUCACUAGAUAUUGUUGUAUUGUGCAGUGAAGCAUCAGUGUAAGCUCUGGAAAUUUAAAAUGGAAUCUUUGGGUGUAGUAAAACACAUUUUCUUGGCGAAAUUCAAGGCAGACAUUACACCUGAAAGAAUUGAAGAAUUUAUCAAAACAUUUGGAAACCUCGUCACUGUCAUUGAACCCUUCAAAUCUCUUCAAUGGGGAGAGGAUAUUAGCAUUGAAAAUCAGCAACAAGGUUUCACACAUGUUUUUGAAUGUACAUUUGACAAUGUUGAAGGUCUUGAUGCCUAUCUAGCCCAUCCUGCUCACGUAGAAUUUGCUAAUCAGAUACUACCAGCAGUGGAAAAAUACAUCGUUAUUGAUUAUAAGCCAAUGCGCUUUGUCUGAGGAAGGUGGGAGCUAUAUGUAUUAGGAAUAUUACAUCAUUAGAUUUGUUAUAGUUUGUUAAAAUAUUAUGUAUAGGAUAAUAUAAUAUUAUGACUUUUUAAACCAAUUUAUUUAUGUAAAAGAAUGAUUAUAGAAGGUAGAACAAUCUUCAUCUUAUAAAUAUAUUAUUUGUAUUGAACCAAAAUUUGUAUAACGAUGGUAUUAUUUGUGUGUUAGAAUGGCAUUAUGAAAUUCAACUAUAUGAAUGUACAGAAGAGUAUAGGGUUGAGCUUUCA